AGGUUUAUGAGUUGCCUUAAGCAAGCAAAUGCCGGAUAUGUCUUGAACACCAGGAAUCUUCCCUGAUCUUUUGCUUUUUUCUUUUCUUCAAGAAUCUUCCUCCAUCUUCGAAACCACAAAAAACUGAGGAAAUAAUAGUUAAUACGUUUCGUUCAAACACUACAAAGAGAACAUUUGCCUCUGUACAAAAAUCCCGCUUUAUUCACUGCCAACUCUUCAACAUGUCAUUAGCUUGUUCUUUUAUCAGUCACCCCCUUAAAGCAGUAUUCCUCCUUCUUUAACUUUUGUAAAUAUUCUUUCUGGUCAUGAGUACUGAAUCAUCCAGAACAAGCCAAGAAUCACCUUCCCCUUUUUAUUAACUUCUUGAAACUAAACACCACUUCUCUAAAUGGAAAAACUCUCCAAAAUACAUCACUGUAGUGAUCCUACUUCAUACCCUGAAUAAUAACACCAAAUUCUCUUGAACCAAACUCAAAAAAACCCAUUCUUGCCAUGGGUACAUCCGAACCAGAGGACUCUAUUGUGAAAAUAAAUAGCAGGGAAUCCCCCAAAACCCCUAAAGAAACUGAAUUGUCCGUUUCUUCAAAACCCCAUUUCAACAAGAAUGACAGCAACAACAGUAAUAAAGAUUUAAACAUAGUGAAUGAGUCACCAGUUUCACAACAUUCACCGUUACACAUGGCCCAGGAAGAAGCUUUACACUACAGUUCCAGCUCUUCUUUAAGGAAAAAAUCUAGUCUUUUGGUGAGUAGGACCAAAUCAAGGCUAUUGGACCCACACCCACCUGAGCAAGAUCAGAGGUCUCAGAAUGUUGCAAUGAAAUCUGGAGCUUUAUUAAGAGAUAGUGAAAUUGAAGAAGAUGACGCUUUUUCAGAUGAGGAUUUGCCUGAGGAAUACAAGAAACUGGAGUUCAGUCCAUUAACUGUACUUCAGCUGGUGAGUUUGGUUGUAAUUAUUGCAGCUCUAGUUUGCGGUGUUAUAUUUAAAGUAUUGAGGGAAAAAAAGGGCUUUGGGCUUGAAUUGUGGAAAUGGGAAGCAGUGAUUUUGGUGUUGAUUUGUGGAAGAUUGGUUUCUGGUUGGGGGAUAAGGUUAGUGGUUUUCUUGAUUGAAUGCAACUUUUUGUUGAGGAAAAGGGUUUUAUAUUUCGUUUAUGGAUUGAGAAAUUCAGUGCAAAAUUGCAUUUGGUUGAGUCUGGUUUUGAUUGCUUGGCAGUCUAUUUUUGACAAGAAGGUUGAUAAAAUGACUGGUGGGAAGGUUCUACCUUAUGUGUCAAGUAUUUGGGUUUGUCUUUUGGUUGGUGCAUACAUUUGGUUGCUGAAAACACUUCUUGUGAAGGUGCUGGCUAUGUCAUUUCAUGUUAGUACAUUCUUUGACCGUAUUCAAGAAUCGUUGUUCAAUCAGUAUGUGAUUGAGACGUUGUCUGGGCCGCCGUUGGUUGAGAUUGAUCAGCAGGAGGAGGAAGAGAAGGUUAUGGCUGAAGUGCAGAAACUUCAGAGUGCUGGGGCUACAUUGCCUGCUGAUCUAAAGGCGAGUAUAUUUGCAAAAAGACCGAUUGGAACACCACGCAAGAGUCCUACGUCUGCUACUACGAGGAGUUCUGCAUUUUCGAGGGUUAUUUCUGAGAAGGUGAAAGAAGAGGAGCGAGGAAUCACUAUAGAUCAUUUGCAUAGACUGAAUCAGAAGAACAUUUCUGCUUGGAAUAUGAAAAGGCUGAUGAAUAUGGUUCGAAAUGGUGUGCUGUCAACUUUGGAUGAGAAGCUACCACAGUCGACUCAUGAGGAUGAAUCGGCUGUGCAGAUCACUAGUGAAAAAAAGGCUAAAGCUGCAGCCAAGAAGAUAUUUAACAAUGUGGCUAAGCCUGGCUCCAAGUUCAUCUAUCUGGAGGACUUGAUGCGUUUUAUGAGAGAAGAUGAGGCUGUGAAAAUAAUGCGCCUUAUUGAAGGUGGAACUGAAACCAGCGGCAUAAGUAAAGGGGCUUUAAAAAAUUGGGUGGUUAAUGCAUUUAGAGAACGAAGGGCUCUUGCUCUGUCUUUGAAUGACACUAAGACUGCAGUAAACAAACUUCAUCAAAUCUUGAACGUCCUUGUUGCAAUUAUCAUAUUGGUCAUCUGGCUCCUUAUUCUCAGAGUUGCCACUACACAUUUCUUGGUCUUUUUGAGUUCCCAGAUGCUUCUGGUAGUAUUCAUCUUCGGAAACUCAGCCAAGACGACAUUCGAGGCAAUCAUCUUUUUAUUUGUGAUGCACCCAUUUGAUGUAGGCGAUCGCGUUGAAGUUGAUGGAGUUCAGUUGGUAGUUGAAGAGAUGAAUAUACUGACAACAGUUUUCCUAAGGUACGAUAACCAGAAGAUCAUAUAUCCAAACAGUGUCCUAUCGACAAAGCCCAUAAGUAAUUAUUACCGUAGUCCAGACAUGGGAGAUUCAGUUGAUUUCUGCAUUCAUAUCUCAACUCCCAUGGAAAAGAUUGCUAUGAUGAAAGAGAGAAUAACAAGGUAUAUUGAGAACAGGAGCGAUCAUUGGCACCUAGCUCCAAUGAUUGUAAUGAGGGACGUGGAGAACUUGAACGGAAUAAAAUGGUCAGUGUGGCCCUCACACACGAUGAAUCACCAAGAUAUGGGAGAGAGAUGGGCGAGGAGAGCUCUUCUGCUUGAAGAAAUGGUAAAAAUAUUCAGGGAGCUGGAUAUCCAAUACCGUAUGCUACCUCUUGAUGUCAACAUUCGUACCCUGCCACCAUUGUCUUCAAGCAGAGCUCCCUCUAACUGGUCACUUUGUGCUUAAUUGAUCGAAAAGGUCACACAUUUGAGAAUCAUUCAAGAGGGCUGUGAUGGUUUGUUACUGGAGCAAUUUUCUACAAAUGCUCAAGAAGGGUGUAGGCCGAGAAGUAUUAAUCCAACUGUGAAUGAUCCAGUAUUUUUUGUUUCUCAUCUAAUAGCCAAUGGUUGUGUACAUAGUUAACUUUGAUGUCUUUUUUCAGUUGAAAAUGCUGUAAUAUUGAACCUGAGACCCCUUACUAAUUUUAAAGUCCGAACUCUAAUUAGAUGUU